AAUCAGAUGGAUGAAUGAAAGCGUGUGGGUUCCUGCGGCGGGGUUUGGGCUGCGACUCCACUCACUGCGCCCGGUGUGGAAAGUGCGGCUGUGAAUGAGCAGGCCGCUGCUGUGGGACUCACUGUAAUGGCGGACAGGCGAGGAGGUGUACAGCAGGUUGGUUGCGCCAUGGCGGCGGCGGCGGCUCUGUGUUUUAUUCACUGUUUUUCACGAAACGGCGCUCAGAGGUGAAGUGGGAAGGUUUGUAAGGUUUCUGGUUUGUACCGGAACUGAAGCCGCGCUGUCUGAGGUGCGGCUUUGGCUGUGAGGAGGUGGGAAACGGCGCGGUUUGUUUUGCGCUGAGUGUUGUUUUCCCCCGGCUGGCGGAGCGGAGGGUUGCGGAGGGAAGGGAAGGCCAGGCCUCGCCUCGCCUCGCCUCGCCUCGCGGCUAGCUCACAGCGCGAGUACACGCACACGCCACAUCAGCGCUCUCGCUGUGCUGAGCUCGGGUCGGGUCGGGAGCGCUAGUGAAGGUAAAUGAGACGGAAGUGUUUGUAGUGCGUCUUGGGCUAAUCACAGCAUUCCUCACUGUGUGUGUGUGCGCGCGCAGUAAUAGCAUGGAUCCAGACAGUGGGUCAGACACCCAGCGAACUCUGAGCCUGCAAUGGAAGAGCUACAAACUCCUACAGGACCCGGCCAUCCGCAGGGUCGCUCAGAAAAUCUACAGAUACGAUGGGAUUCACUUCAGCAUCCCGGACUCAGGGUUUCCUCCUGUGGGGGAGUUACGUGACCCUCGACCUCGGAGGAUUUGGUCCAGACACACGGAGAUGUCACUUCCUUUGCCCAAGUUUAAGUUGGACGAGUAUUACGUGGGUCCCAUCCCGCUGAAGGAGGUGACGUUCGCUCGGCUGAACGACAACAUCAAAGAGCCGUUCCUGUUAGAGAUGUGCACUAAAUUUGGCGAGGUGGAGGAAAUGGAGAUCCUGUUCCACCCCAAGACCCGCAAGCACUUGGGUUUGGCGCGCGUCCUGUUCACCAGCACCAGAGGGGCCAAAGACACGGUCAAACAUCUGCACAACACCUCCGUCAUGGGCAACAUCGUCCAUGCGCAGCUCGACAUCAAAGGUCAGCAAAGGAUGAAGUAUUACGACCUGAUCGUUAGUGGAUCAUACACACCUCAGACUGUACCCACCGGAGGAAAAGCCCUGAGCGAGAAGUUUCAGCCCUCUGCUCUGGCGCAGCCCGACACUUCGUCUGAUAUCAGGCGGAAACUCUCGACUGAGCUUCCUCCUCUUGGCAGCACCACCCCGUGCUCUGUGGACAACGCGUUUGGGGAGCAGCGGCUGGACACCCCGCCCUCCUCCCUCAGUGGGACGUACACCCCGGGCUCCUCGUGCUCCUCGCAGGGAGGUGGAACUCCGUACACGUCGCGUUCUGGAACCCCCUUUUCCCAGGAUUCAGGAUACUCUGGGGGCAGGCAUGGAGCUUACGGCAGUGGUCCAGUGAGUGGUGGUUUCCCCGUGCAGGACAUGCUCCCUUCGUCCUCCUGCUCUUCAUCUGCCGUGUCGUCAUCGUCCGGGUUCAAGCCUCGAUACUAUGAUGAUUCUCACGGAGUUCCUCCUCAAGACCCCGCAGCCUACCACCGAGGUCGGCCCGGGUUCCCCCCUCCUCCUCUGCCCUGUUAUCCCCCGUAUCACAACACCAACGCUGCUGGGAUGCACAUGCCCCCUCACCCUCACAUGCCCCCUUCAGGCUCCCUGUACGAGUCUCCACCGGUGGCUGAACGAGAGCGGGACAGGGAGCGAGACCGAGACCGGGGGCAGAGAGACAGGGAGCGGGACAGAGACUCCGGGGGGCGCUAUGGAGCGUCUCGACGCUCCUCUUACCACCACCAACAGGACAUAAACGCCUCGUCCAAGUCCUCGUACCAUUCACACCGUGAGGAGCGGGACAGCAGGUCGUACCGCAGGGACAGUUCGACAUCCAGGGAGCACGGAAGGCACCGGAAUCAUCACCACUCACACAACCACCACGGACGGAGGCGGGACAGCAGGGACGGGGAUUACACAAACAGCUCCGACCCGCGAUACAGAGGCCACGUUAACUCCAGCCAUCGCUCCUCCAACAGCAUGUCUCCUCCCCCCGCCUCGUACGGAGGGUACAAUCCGUCGAAAGACCUUCCGACUCACGACACUCCGUCUUCGUCCCGUUUGGAGCCGUCUCCCUCCUUCAGGUCAGGAGAGCGAGCGAGCGGAAGUGGAGAUAACGAUUAUCGGUCCCACCAUGCGCCAAUACACCCACCUCCUCCACCACCACCACCUCCUCUCCCUCCUGCCUCCGUCAUUGCGGCAGCCGUGGCUGAAACUCUGAGCUCGCUUGACUUUGGCCAGGAGAGCCCGGUCCGAGAAGAGCAGUGGAGCAAACCUAAACGCCGCCCCAGCACGCCACCACCGCAGCCCCCGCGCACCCCUCCGCCCUCCUCCCCACCUCAUGCCUCCGUUCCUUCAUCAUCCACAUCACCAUCAUCCACUUCUCUGCCUCAUCACCACCCCUCCUCCACAGCGUCACUAUCACCUCCCCAUACGCAACGCGACUCCUCCUCCCCAGAGCCAGACUCCACCAACGAGAGUCUCCCGUUUGUUCACCACUCCAGCAGUUUGGACUCGCGCAUCGAGAUGCUGUUAAAGGAGCAAAAAUCCAAGUUCUCCUUCCUCGCCUCUGACGACGAGGACGAGGAAAAGAAGGAUGAGGGCACCCACGGAGGCUCAAGGAAGCUGAGAGAAGAGGGCGGAGACAGAGAGAUUGAUGGAGGACAGCAGAGGAGAAUGGACCGGAGGAGCAGGGCAAGAAAACCGACAGAAGCACCAGGAGGAGAUGGAAGGAAAAGCCCUACGGACAUGGCCUCCUCCGCCGGCUCCAUCUCCGGGUCACUGUCGGAGACGUCGCAGGGACCGAAGGUCCUCAUGCAGGAGGAACACUUAGCAUCCGACACGCAGAAGGUUACAGGUGCGCACACGCCACCCACCUACAACGGAGAACGACAGCCUUCUCCUCAUUCCUCUGGAGAAGACAUGGAAAUCUCUGACGAAGAUGACGGCGGCGGUGAUGGUGGCGGGAUCUCUACAGUGACGCAGCACCAGGCAUCAUCGUCAUCCUCCCCCGCCCCGUCGUCUCAGUCGGCCCCGCCCUCCCAGGGCGCCGACCCCUCGUCUGGCUCGCCCCCGGACAGCACGCAGCACUUCGGCGCCUCCAUGCCGCUCCCUCACAUGCCCUCCUACCCUCCCCACCUGCCUCCUCCACCCCCGCCCGGCUUCUCUCUCCAGCCCCCACCUCCUCCCCCGGGUGUGCCCCCUCCCAUGCCCCACAUGGAGCUCCACCCUGAGUACCCCAUGCCACCCCACCUGUAUGACUAUGCUAACUCUGUAGAGUUGAUGAGCCAGUACGCUGGGACGUCCUUCCAGAUGCAGGCGCACAUGCUCAGCCGUCUGCACCAGCUGCGAGAAAAACACGCGCUCGGCUCAGAGUACCCGCCCUCUUACCAUCUCCACUCUCUGCCCCCUCCCCCGCACGGGCCACACCCCCACCACCCCUACAUGGACCAAGAUGGAGCUGCAGGGAACCACUACGACCAGGACCACCGCUACAUGCCUCCCCACAUGCCUACGUACCCGUAUCCUGACCCUCACGCCACCCAGCUGCCUCCUCACCACCCCCAUGCCAUGCCCCCGCCCCCUCAUUCCCCGUGGCCCCCUCAUGUCCUGCCCCAGCACUACCCCUCACACUACCUGCCUCCGACGUACGGCGCCGUCCCAGGCGUAGACGGCGAGCAGUACCCCAUGCCCAUGAUGGCUCAGAACCCUCACGAGGCCACGGUCCAGCUGGUUCUCGCUGCUCUCAUCGACGAGAUGAAGAACAUCAUGCAGAGGGACCUGAACCGCAAGAUGGUGGAGAACGUCGCCUUCGGAACCUUCGACGAGUGGUGGGAGCGUAAAGAGAGGAAGGCCAAGCCUUUCCAGACCACGAUGAGGGGUGUGACGGUGGCACGGGAUGAGGAGAAGAAGGAAGAGAAGGCGAAUAGCCGGCCACGCGAGCCGUUAAUGAGUCUGGUGGACUGGGCCAAGAGCGGCGGCAUGGAAGGGUUCUCUCUGCGCGGGGCUCUGCGUCUGCCUUCGUUCAAGGUGAAAAGGAAAGAGCCUCAGGAGCUGGCGGAGGAUGCGUCACUUAAACGAGUUAGACCUUCAACUCCACCGGACGAGGAGGAUGAAGACUCGUACCAGAGUAAAGUGUCCGACAGCGUGAGCCGGCCGGAGGAGGCCCGAGCACCUGAGAGAGACGCAGUACAGAGGAGGAAAAGGCCCAAACGACGUAAACCUUAUGACCUGGACAGUGAAGGAGAGGAGAUGUCUGACGAGUCGUCUUCUGAAAAGCAGGGAGAGGUGCCCCAGGUGACGGGCACGGAGCAGGGACAGGUGCCCCAGGUGACGGGCACGGAGCAGGGACAGGUGCCCCAGGUGACGGGCACGGAGCAGGGACAGCAUGUAGAAAGUAGAGCGGAGGAAGACGAGGACGACAGCGAGAAAGACGAGUCUGAGGAUGAAGCCCUCAGUGCAGACAGUGACGAUGAGAGCCUCUCCUCUUCAUCUGAAAGCUUGUCCUCAUCCUCAUCCUCCUCUUCCUCAUCUUCAUCCUCAGACGAGGAAGAUGAAGAGGAGCUGGAGCAGGCAGACGAGAGCGAGGCCCUGGACACGAUGGACGAGUCGACGAUGGACAGCGUUGCCAUGGAGAAGGAGAAGACGAGUGUCAGCGAGUCGCCUGUUGUGGCUGCUGCAGAGGUCAAACCAGAAGAUAAGAUGUCCCCCGCUGCACCUGUGGAUCACCGCCCGCCGUCUCCUCCUUGUCCUCGCCCGUCCUCUCCCAUCCUACCUCCUCUGAAGAAGCGCCGCAAGACUGUGUCCUUCUCCAUGGAGGAGAGCGAAGCCAAACCCUCCAUCCCCAUUCCUGCGGCUCCGCCCUCUCCCUCCUCCUCCACGGCUGCUGCUUCUCCAUCCCGUCUCCUUUCGCCGGUCAAAUCCCAACCCCCAGAUCAGAUCGUUACGUCAUUGCCCACCACAGUCGCUGCGACCGCACCCUCCAAACCUGCCCCGAUGCUCCGCCCUUUUGCUUCUCGCCCAACCAAAACCACGCCCCCUUCAGCUUCACCCACCUCUGUUCUUACAGUCCCUCCUCCUGUGCGCUCACUGCGUCCGGAGGAACCCAGGAAACGUUCUCCUUCCCCACAGACCACUCCUGCCAAGUCUCCUUCCAGACGUGGCAAAGAAUCCGUCAGAACCCCUCCCACUCCUGUCUGUCUCACAGUCCAGAACCUUCCUCUGGACCAUGCCUCUCUGGUCCGGGUGGCCUACGAAGAACCCGCCCCUAUCCCACCAACACCCAAUCAGAAAGGGCGUCCUCGCGGCAGGCCUCGAACUGUCAACUUGUCGGCUCCUACCGCACCCUCGCUGCUGGAGGAGGAUGAGGAGGAGGAGCGUCUGGAGCAGAGACUGAAGCUCAGGGAGCAGCUUGGAGCGUCCAGUUUGCUGCAGCUAGCCUCUGCAUCCACGCCCGACCUCUCCGUGCUGGCCCACGUGGCUGCCAAGAUGGACGUGGACGAAGACAUUGACUCGGAGGAGACGGAGACGUCAGACGAAGCUGAAGAGCACAAACUGGAGGAGGACGAAGAAGCUCGGCUUUUCCCGUUGGAUCCGGGCGGGGUGCUCAUCCUCCAGGAGCACAACUACUCUAAAUCUGCAGCUUUGCUUGUUCCUCCUCUGUCUCCUGCGUCCUCUGCUGGACAAAAGAGGACGAAACAGGAAGCCGCAGUGUUACUCCCGACAGACUUCCAUCAGCACUGCGUCCAGGAGGCUCCGGAGGAGGUCAUCGGGGACGCUCAGUCGGACAUGCCCGAACUCUACGGCGUGGGGCUCGUUGGGGACGACGCCGGAGAGUCGGCUGAGGUGCAGGCACUCAGCCCCGUUUCCAAACGCAGAGCCUCAUUCAAGAGGGAGGAAUCGUUGGAGAAAGGGAAGGGUAAAAAGAGGACCCGCAAAGACAAGGAGAACGUGGAGCUGCAGCCUGCUAAAAAACAGAAGCAGGAACACGGCAGGAAGCAGAGGAAAGGGAAGUUAGAGGUGCGUAUGGACUUCCUCCUGGAGGAGGAUGUGGACGUGGAGCAGUUGGAGACGGCCGAUCUGUCCAGCUCCAGCUCCGACUCGGCCGACUCCGACUUCGGCCUGGACGAACACCUCGGGUUCGAACGCGAGGAGGUGAGGAAGAGCGAGCGUCUCUUCCUUCAGGAAGCCGGGGUCACGCCGUCCACCCAGAGGAAGUCCAGCCUCACUCCGUCCCCUCUCCUGCCUCCGCUGCCUACGUUCAAGCAGCGUAGCGAGUUUGAACAGAUGACCAUCCUGUACGAUAUCUGGAACACUGGGCUGGACCAGGAGGACAUGCGUCUCCUGAAGGUCACGUACGAAAAGCUGCUGCAGGAUGACCACAACACGGACUGGCUCAACGACACACACUGGGUCCCUCACACUAUCACUAACAUCCCGAACCCGCGGCGUAAGAAGAAGGCGGCAGACGGGCAGCUGAGGGAGCACGUCACGGGAUGUGCCCGCAGCGAGGGUUACUACGCCAUUAGCCGCAAAGAGAAGGACGUGUACCUGGACCUGGACCUCCCUGAGGCUGUGCAGGAAGCUGUGGACUACGAUGUGGCGGGUUCAAACCGUCUGCUGUCGGAGCGGCGCUCAGAGCAGAGGCGUCUCCUCAGUGCCAUUGGCACGCCUGCAGUCAUGGACUCUGACCUGCUCAAACUCAACCAGCUCAAGUUCCGCAAGAAGAAACUGCGCUUCGGUCGCAGCCGCAUCCACGAGUGGGGUCUGUUUGCCAUGGAGCCCAUCGCUGCAGACGAGAUGGUCAUCGAGUACGUGGGUCAGAACAUCAGACAGAUGGUGGCUGAUAAUCGGGAGAAGCGAUACGCUCAGGAAGGCAUCGGGAGCAGCUACCUGUUCCGUGUCGAUCAUGACACCAUCAUCGAUGCCACCAAAUGUGGGAACCUGGCUCGCUUCAUCAACCACUGCUGCUCUCCAAACUGUUAUGCGAAGGUCAUCACCAUUGAGUCCCAGAAGAAGAUCGUCAUUUACUCCAAGCAGCCCAUUGCUGUGAACGAGGAAAUCACGUAUGACUACAAGUUUCCCAUCGAGGAGAACAAAAUCCCCUGUUUGUGUGGAACAGAGAACUGCAGAGGAACGCUCAACUAAAGCCCCUCACCCCACCCCACCCCACCCCAGCGCAGGACAGAUGCACAGCAUCCUGGGUCACAUGUCUCGGGAGUCAGUGUGGCCGCUCGGAUACAUUUCCACUCAUGAAGCUAAUGGACAUGACACGCCUACAGUGCGUCUCCAUAGCAACGACAUUUUCCCCCUCAGAACCUCCCCCUCAGAACAAAUCGCUGAGCUCUGAUUGGUGGAUUCUGAUUUUUUUUUUUUAAAUUAAAUAAGGACGGGUCUUUUCUUGAGCCCUGACGGAUGAGUGGUAGAGAUGACUGAUGGAUGAAUCUGUUGAUUUGAAGUAUUUUCAUUUUUCAGAAAUGCUCACGAUUCUUCUUUCUCGUGACCUGUACAAAAAUAGUGGCACCUAUUACAGGUUGAGAGCAGUGUGGCUCUUCUUUCACUUCCCGUCUCAGGCAAUUCCUCCAACUGAAAGAUGAACGAGUUCAGAAAGAUUCUCCGCUGAUUUUAUUAUUAUUAUUAUUGUCACGUUUGCAAUUUAACGCCAUGUUUAUUGAAAACAUCAUCUGUUUUUCUCUAACGCAGUAGAAAACCGGAACAUAGUCAUCUGUAUGUCUCUGUAUUUUACAUUUAUUUUCCUAAAUUUCAUACAUGCGCUCGGCUUUGUUUAAUUUAACACUAUCCCCCCCCCCGAAUUGAUCGGCGCUAGCCGCGCAGCUCCGUGUCUGGUGUAGCGAACGUCGUUCUCUCACAAAUCAUAUUGAACGUCUUUAGUGAGCUGUUUUGUUCUUAGCUAAUAAACUCCCCUUGUUGUAACUUGAGCUAAUAAGAUCAAACCGACCGAAGGAAACGAUGCUCUGUACUGGAUUGUUACUGAAACAAGUUUUUAAACUGUUAAAAUAAAUUUUUCAGUCUGCCGCA